ACGACAUUUGCAUUCGCAUGUACAGAGUGACCUUAAAUGGUUUUCCAUAUAAAAUUUAUUAUAUUUAUAAGUACCUAUAUUUCCCCAUUAUGAAUCCACCAAAUCAACAACAUUAAAAACCCGAUUCCCCUUCCAAAUUCUCCCAGUUCUCUUAGCUCACCAAAUCUGGUUUGUUAUUAUUAUUAUCACAAUCAUAAUAAUAAUAAUAAUAUAAAUCAGCCUUCUAUAUAUUUGCAUAUAUAGUUUUUGUUCCCUUCUAGUAAGUAACAAAUUUAAUCCUCCACAAAAUGGUGACCGUGGAGGAGAUUCGCAAUGCACAACGUUCCAAUGGCCCUGCCACUAUCUUGGCUUUUGGCACAGCCACUCCCUCCAAUUGCAUAACACAAGCUGACUAUCCUGAUUACUACUUCCGGAUCACCAACAGCGAACACAUGACCGACCUCAAGGAAAAAUUCAAGCGCAUGUGCGAGAAAUCGAUGAUAAAGAAACGAUAUAUGCACCUAACAGAGGAAUUUCUGAAAGAGAAUACAAACAUGUGUGCUUACAUGGCACCAUCGCUAGACGUAAGACAAGACAUAGUGGUAGUGGAAGUUCCAAAGCUAGGCAAAGAAGCAGCAAAAAAAGCAAUAAGCGAGUGGGGCCAACCAAAAUCCAAAAUCACUCAUCUCGUUUUUUGCACCACAUCAGGCGUAGACAUGCCCGGAGCAGAUUACCAGCUCACCAAACUCUUAGGCCUUAAACCCUCCGUCAAACGCCUCAUGAUGUAUCAACAAGGUUGCUUCGCCGGCGGCACCGUUCUCCGCUUAGCCAAAGACCUUGCUGAGAAUAACAAAAACGCUAGAGUCCUUGUCGUUUGUUCAGAAAUCACCGCCGUUACUUUCCGUGGCCCCUCCGAUACUCAUUUGGACUCACUAGUUGGACAGGCGCUUUUUGGUGACGGCGCCGCCGCAAUGAUUAUCGGCGCUGAUCCGGAUUUAACUGUGGAGCGUCCGAUUUUUGAGAUUGUAUCAGCCGCUCAAACUAUUCUUCCUGAUUCUGAUGGCGCGAUUGAUGGACAUCUCCGUGAAGUGGGGCUCACUUUUCAUCUUCUUAAGGACGUUCCAGGGAUUAUUUCGAAGAACAUUGAGAAGAGUUUGGUGGAAGCUUUUUCACCUAUUGGCAUUACUGACUGGAAUUCGAUUUUUUGGGUUGCACAUCCGGGUGGACCGGCUAUACUAGACCAGGUUGAAGAAAAACUCCGGCUCAAAGAGGAUAAACUCCGAUCCACUCGACACGUGCUUAGUGAGUAUGGAAAUAUGUCUAGCGCCUGUGUUCUAUUUAUUUUGGAUGAGUUGAGGAAAAAGUCUAAAGAAGAAGGGAAAAACACAACCGGUGAUGGGUUUGAAUGGGGUGUUUUGUUUGGAUUUGGACCGGGUUUAACGGUUGAGACCGUUGUGCUUCACAGUGUUCCUAUUCAGGGUUGAAUAUAAUUAAUUGGGGAAUAAAAUAUGUUUGCUUAAGGUUUGAGAUAAUAUUGUGUUUUUAAUUAUCAUCAUUUUUAUUUUAAUUAGUUCGUGUAAUGUAAUAUUUUUAUUAGUAUUUUUCCUUUAAAUUCAUGUAAUGUAAUGUAAUUUUAAGUAAGUUUAUGCGUUGGAAUUAUUUUCAAUUAAAUUAAA